AUGUCCAGUACUGCACCCAACGAUCCUUAUUCCGUCCUUGGCUUGACGUCGGACGCACCCCUCGAGGAAGUCCGUGCGUCCUACCGGAGACUGGCUUUGAAAUGGCACCCCGACCGCCAUGUGGAAGACAAGACCGAGGCCGCAGAGAAGUUCGUGGAGAUACAUGAUGCCUACCUGUCUAUCACCGAAUCACCCUCCGCAAACUCUGUUGCAUCGCCAAAACCUCGACCCCCACAUCCAGAACGGAGCCGGUCUCGUUACGCUUCCGUCCCAGAUGAUGCCUUUCCCAAUGGGUCUUCCGCCUCGCGAAAGGAGGACAUCUAUGCUGACGUACCACGACACACGACACGCAGCGCAUCUUCAACUGUGCUGUCAACCAAUGCUCACGCCUCAUCUCACGCUACUUCCUCGCAUUCCAGACCUUCAGCGACCCACCGCCACACCGACUCCGUCCUUUCUCAGAGCACUAAGCGCUACACCCAACCCCUUUCCUCCAAAAGCUCAACGCCCUCCCUGUCCUCCGCUAGGUCAGCUCGGGAUCCCGCACACUCGGAGUCAGCACAUUUUUCUACUCGUUCGAGGAGUCAUGCCGACCUGAAGGGUAGCAUCCCUGAGAGACCACGCCGCGAGCGCAGUGCAUCUCACAGCUCGACUUCGCGGGCUUCUCGAAGUUCGUCAACAAGUCGUGAGUCUAAUUACGUGCAUGUACCGCGACCCGACCCAUCCGCGCCUCUCGAUCCUCCCUUACAACCCCUGUCACCCCCGAAGCCUGCCGCACGCAAGUCAGAUUCUUCGGAAUGGACGUUCCCACUGGAUCUCUCCCUCGAAGAACUUUACACGGGCACGUCCCAGAAGUUUCGCAUCUCGACCGGUGCGGACGGCGCACACCAGAACGUCCGAGUUGUGAUCCCGCCCGGUUGCAAGCCCGGUACACGUAUUCGUGCAUUGCCGUCUGUCACAUUUGAAGUGCGUGAACGGCCACACGGAUAUCUUCGGCGGGUGCCCACCGGGCAGAGCGCGGAUCUCUUUAUGGCAGUCGAAAUGCCGUGGUCGCCUGGCGCCGAAUGGCCCACCGGUCACGUUGCGUUCACCGGUGUUGACGGAAAGAGCAUGAAAGUGCCGCUUCCUUCCAACCUUGUCCUUUCUUCGCAAGGCUCUCGCGUAUUGGGAAAAGGCAUGCCGAAGCGACAGGACGACAAGAUCACAGGAUAUGGGGACCUCAUUAUCCGAUGGGACCUCAUUAAUACUGACGCCGCGAAGUCCAUCGAUGCUCACUCAAGAUGGGAUGCGCUUAAGAAGGUUCUGCACUUUGGUUCAGGAUAA